AUGGUUAUGAACUUGAAUCUUAGCUGGGCAUGGGGAACCGAUUUGCGGCCCGAUGGAGGUACCUGGAUGUGCAUCUAUGCAUUAAUUGGUGUGAUCGGUAUCUUUGCAAAUUUAUUGGUGCUGGUUGUGUUCUUUCGGAAUUUGCCUGGCCACCGAAAUGUGACCGCUAAAUUUAUCAUCCACCAGUCAAUAAUAGAUCUGAUGUCCAGUGUUGUAUUUCUACCCUUUUAUGUAAUUCCAGAGGGAUGGCUGAUACAAAACGAGCAGGCAGGCCACGUUUUUUGCAAAGGUCGUGCCCUUUUCUGGAUUCUUGUCACUGCGUCUACCUGCAACCUGGUAUGUAUUACAAUUGAACGAUACUAUGCUAUUGUUCAUCCCAUUAAACACCUUGUUCAUUUCAAAAAUGGGAAGUUCUACCAAGCAAGCAAACGGUUAGUGUAUGUAUACGGAUUCUUGACGUUUUUUCACCUAUUUUUUGUUACGCAGAUUAAUGAAGAUUAUUAUUGCUACUACGAUUGGACGGAAACAGUUGAAUAUCUUCAACUUAUCAAUGGAAUUUUGGUAUUUUUUCUUACAUGGUUGCUCCCGACGUCAAUCAUUUUCUACGUUUAUACAACGAUUAUCUUUACGCUGCGAAAAAUGCACCUUGUCUUUUCAAAUAGUGUCGGAUCAGUUGGUUACCAGCGACGGUAUCGUGCUCAUAAAAAACUCAUUAACACUUUUAUUGCCGUAUCCGCAGCAUAUGUCGUUUGUUGGACACCAAAUAUGUUUCUUUACCUUACGUAUAAUGUUACAUCCGGGAAUAAACCAAGUAAUAUGGAACACGGCAUCGCCCAUCGUAUAACUGUGUUCUUAUCUGUCUCAAAUAUGGUUGUUAAUCCCUUCAUUUACGCCUUUAAGUACCGCGAUUUUAAGAAGGGCUUAUCUAAAAUUUUUAGUUAA